CCGAAAAACAACGGAGGACAACCAGUUGCACGAUGCAUUCCUGGAAUUACUUCCGGAUACUUGCGCAGCUCCUCUUCCUCCUCUCCCUCUAUAACGCACGCCACACUGUAUCAUGGGAAACGUGUCCAACAGACUCCAACUUUACCACCAACAGCACCUACCAUUCCAACCUCAACCUCCUCCUCCCGUCCCUCACCUCGGCCACCGUCUCCUCCGGCUACGCGAACAGAUCUGCAGGGAGUUCCCCAGACCAAGUCUUCGGCCUGGCGCUUUGCCAACUCGACGUUUCUCAAGAUAAAUGCCAAGCUUGCCUCGCCACCGCCGUCGACACCCUCCAUAGUCGCUGCUCCUACGCAAAAGAUGCGGCUACCUGGGGAGAUCACUGCUUCCUUGCUUACUCCAACACAAAAUUCUCGGCCGAGAGCAACAAAUCAUCCUUUUACCAAAUCUUAUACAACGGAGGAGAAGUUUCGGAGACGUCGAGAUUCGUGGAUCUGGUGGGGGAAUUGAUGAAUGCCCUCAUCAACUGGGCUGCCUACAAGACGGACAGCAUGUUCGCCAUUGGAGAAGCCAACUUUACGAGCGCCACCAAUCUGUAUGGAUUGGUGCAGUGCACCAGGGAUCAGUCUGAUGAUGACUGCUUUCUGUGUCUUCGGCAGUCGUUGGCUUCAAUGCAGAGUUGUUGCUUGAAAAACCAGGGAGGGGUGGUGUUGAAGUACAGGUGCUACUUGAGGUACGAGACAUAUUCAUACUAUAAUAUGUCAGUCGCGACAUCUCCACUGCCUCCGCUGUCAUCUGCAUUCUCUUCAGCACCUCCGCCUGGAGCUACGGCCAAUCCACCGCCUCCGCCUGCUGUGGUGGACUCCAACUCUUCGUCAUCAUCGGCGAGAGAUGCAGGAAAAAAGCAGAACUCUAAAAUAGUAGUGGCUGUCGUCAUUCCCAUCCUCGGUGCUGUGAUGCUUGUGGCAGCGCUUUUGAUUUUUUUGUGGAGGACGAAAAUAUUUGCCAGAAAGUCGAAUGUUGGAGGAGCGAAAAGUCAGAAGGCAAACUCUCUGUUAUUUGAUUUGGAGACACUGAAGGUUGCAACCAACAACUUCUCGGACGCAAACAAGCUUGGAGAAGGGGGAUUUGGACCAGUUUAUAAGGGCGUACUAUGUGGUGGCCAGGAAAUAGCUGUGAAAAGACUCGCAAGAAGCUCACAGCAAGGAUUUGCAGAGCUAAGAAACGAGGUUGCGUUUAUUGCUAAGCUUCAGCAUAGAAAUCUUGUGAGGCUCAUCGGUUUUUGCUCGGAAGAAGAGAAGCUACUCGUCUAUGAGUUCCUCCCAAACAGAAGCCUAGACAAAAUUUUGUUUGAUCCCACAAAAUGUGGUCAACUAAACUGGGAAAGGCGCUACAAGAUUAUCGAAGGGAUUGCAAGAGGACUUCUUUACCUUCAUGAGGAUUCCCGCCUAAGGAUUAUUCAUCGAGAUCUAAAACCCGGUAAUAUCUUGCUAGAUCAGCACAUGAACCCCAAGAUAUCUGACUUUGGUCUUUCAAAGCUGUUGGUCGACCAAGACAGAUCAAAAGAGAGUGCUAGCCGAAUAGUUGGAACAAACGGAUACAUUGCUCCAGAGUAUGCUUUGCAUCGGCACUUCUCGGACAAAUCGGAUGUGUACAGCUACGGAGUGUUGGUGCUUGAGAUUAUAACUGGUCGAAGAAUCAGCGAGUUUCGUGGAUCAGGUCAUCGCGCAAACCUGCAGAGCUAUGCAUGGAAGUACUGGAACAAAGGGAAGGCGUUGCAGAUAGUGGAUCAAAACUUAUGUGACAGGUUUCAAAGGGAAGAAGCUUUACGAUGCAUUCGCACGGCGUUACUGUGCGUUCAAGAAAACCCCUCGAAGAGACCCACCAUGGCAUCGGUUGUUCUCAUGCUGAGCAGUUCCUCGAUGACUACUCCAUCUCCUUCUACUCCUGGGUUUCUCAUUGAGAGAAGUGGAACCACUGAUUCAAAUGAAUCCACAGGAAAUAGGUCUCCAGAAAUCAAGAACGAGAGAGAAGGCAGUUCAACGUCAAUAAAUGGAGUCUCAAUUACUGUACUGGAACCUCGACAAUAGACAGUCACAGAUCUUGCUUCAUGUUGAAACACGGUAGCUGGUUUGCCUGGUCGACAAUGGAACAUUGUCUUCCUUGAGAUUAGUUAGUGAAACUUUCGAUAGCA